CUUCUUUUCUGCUGGACAGUGUGAACGGGUGAUGUGGAUAUCAGUGCUUUGAUUCAUCGCCAGUUCGAUCGCGAAUAAAGCCUCGUUCAGGAUAAGUCAAGUGAUUCGGCCGAUCGGCUUCGUCUUCGGCGGAAGCACCGCGAGCAUGGCCACCGUUUCGGGCGCCCCGAUGUAAUAGACAUUUUAGACAGCGAGGAAGCGAUGACCCAAAGAGAAGAUGCUCUCAAGUUUGAGACUGCGCGCAUCAAAGCGCUGCAGGAAGAGCGACUGCACAUCCAGAAGAAGACCUUCACCAAGUGGAUCAACUCCUUCCUGUCAAAGGCUCGGAUGGAGGUGGAGGAGCUCUUCACAGAUUUAUCAGACGGCAAACGACUGCUCAAGCUCCUCGAAAUCAUCUCUGGCGAACGCUUAGGGAAGCCGAAUAAUGGGCGUAUGCGAGUGCACAAGAUUGAAAAUGUGAACAAGAGUCUCGCCUUCCUACAUACAAAGGUGAGACUCGAGAGUAUUGGAGCUGAGGACAUUGUGGACGGGAACCCGAGACUCAUCCUCGGCCUUAUCUGGACCAUCAUCCUCAGAUUCCAGAUUCAAGAGAUCGAAAUAGAAGUUGAGGAGGACAAUGAAUCAAGUGAAAAGAGAUCCGCCAAGGACGCACUCUUGCUGUGGUGCCAGAGAAAGACGUCAGGUUACCCCGGAGUCAAUAUUCAAGAUUUUUCAUCCUCAUGGCGUUCUGGUUUGGGCUUCAACGCGCUUAUCCAUUCGCACAGACCGGAUCUGAUUGAUUUCAACAAAUUAUCGCCGGGCAAGCACAUCGACAACCUAAACUAUGCCUUUGAUGUGGCGCAAAACGAAUUGGGCGUGCCAAGACUGCUCGAUGCUGAAGACAUCGACACCCACCGACCUGAUGAAAAAUCUGUCCUCACGUAUGUUGCCUCCUAUUACCACACAUUUGCCAGGAUGAAGACGGAGAUGAAGUCUGGCAAGAGAAUAGCCAACAUCCUUGGCCAAGUGCUUGACUCGGAAAAAAGGAAGGCUCGCUAUGAGCUCUUGAGUACAAAUCUCUUAGAUUGGAUCAGGACAAAAAUUGCAGAACUAAAUGAUCAUGCAUUCCCAAACUCUCUGGAGGGCACACAAAGCUUGAUGCUUGCUUUCAAGCAGUACAGAACACUGGAAAAGCCACUCAAGUACCUCGAAUUGAAUGAAAUUGAAAUGUUGCACUUCCAUAUCAACACGCAGCUGAAAUCGCUAUCACAGCCAUUAUUUGUUCCUCUGGAUGGGCAGCUAAUCCAGGACCUACAAAGAGCCUGGGAAAACCUUGAAAAGGCCGAAAAUAGAAGAGAGUCGGCUCUCAGGACAGAGUUACAACGUCAAGAGAGAUUAGAGCAGCUAGCAUACAAAUUUGAGAGAAAGAGGAUUUUACGAGAUGGCUACUUAAAGGAGAUGAUCCAAGUCCUUUCUGACCCUCGCUAUGGGUCAAAUUUAGCUCAAGUUGAUGCCACAGUGAAAAAACACGAGGCCAUAAGUGCAGACAUUCAUGCCAGGGAGGAAAGAUUUAAUGAUUUGACAAACAUGGCUGAAGAGCUUGUCAAAGAAAAUUACCAUGGCUGUGAAAACGUUGUUGAAAAGGAGCAAGAGGUUAUGAAGAGGUGGAAAGAUCUGCUCUCCCUCCUGGAUAAACACAAGACUUCUUUAACAACUAUGUCGUGGUUGAUGUCCACCUUAAGAGAAAUUGACACAUUAAUCGGAACUAUUGAUGAGCUUGCGGUCAGCUUCCUGAGCAACGAGGUUGGAAAUCACUUAAUUGCAGUGGAGGAUUUGCUGCAGAUCCAUGCACUCAGUGAACUGCAAGUAAAUUCUAUUGGAGAAGCUCAGAGAAAGCUUCAUCGUCAGUCCCAGAACUUCCUUGCCUCGGGACACAAGGAGGCGCCAGUCUUACAGAAAAGGCUGAAGCAGUUUGACGCUGCGUAUGUUAGACUACAAGAACAGAUGGCCCAUCGUAGGAGUCGUCUGGAAGAUGCCAGAACCUUUUUCCAGUUUAUCCAAGACCACGAGGAAGAGGAAGGAUGGAUAAUUGAAAAGGGAAGGAUUUGCCAGGCAGAGGUCACAGCCAAAGAUUUGAGAGCGGUUCUUAGCUUGCAGCAAAAGCAUAAGGCUCUCCAAGCGGAAAUGAAAGCCAGAAGGCCAAAGUCGGAACAAUUGGUUUCUGCAGGAAAACGGCUGGUCACUGACAACCAUCCAAUGAGCUCUGAAAUCGUGUCUAGGACGCAGGCCCUACAUGAAUUGUGGAGCAACCUUGAGCAGCUUGCUGCUCUGAAAAGUGCCAAAUUAGAAGAUGCGGCAAAGGCUUACCAGUUCUACGCUGAUGCCAAUGAAGCAGAAUCUUGGCUGAAAGAGCGCCAAGCUCUGGUAGAAUCAAGAGAUUUGGGACAGGACGAGCCUAGUUCACAAGCCCUUCUCCAAAGGCACAAGGACCUUGAGGGCGAGCUUAGUGCAUAUCAAGGUGAUGUAGACACCUUAAAUGCCCAGGCAGAGGCCCUACUUUCUGCUGGAAUCACCAAGCUAGAGCUUUUGAUGCCAAGUGAAAUGGAGCCUGAGAAAAUUGUUGAGGAGUGGACUCAAGAAGUCAGAACUGUGCCACAAGAAGUAUGGGUUGAGGAAGAAAUUGAAAAAAUAGAACCUAAAACUGUACUCGAGCAACGUUCAGUGCCACAAGUUAAAUCCUUGUACCCAUUUAGUGGACAAGGAAUGUCAAUGGUUAAGGGAGAGCUGAUGUUCCUAUUGGAAAAAACAAAUGGUGACUGGUGGCAUGUGCGAAGAGCCGGAGGUCAAGACGGUUUUGUCCCUGCCAAUUACGUACAGGAAGUUGAACCUAAAAUCAUUCAGGUUCAGGUUAGACGCCCUGAGAAGGUGAAAAUCAAACAGAAGGUGAAGAAGAUCCAAAUGGUACAACAAACUGUGCCUGUUCGUAAACAAGUAAAACAACCUCCUCGACCAAAACGGAGAUCAUCAGUUGAGGAUGCAGGUGUUGAAAAACGGCAGAAAAAGAUCAAUGACACAUACAGUAAGCUUCAAGAGCAAGCCAAAAAGCGCAGAGUUCUAUUAGAGGAUGCAAUUCGACUGUACGGCUUCUACAGAGAAUGCGACUCUUUUGAAAAGUGGAUGAAGGACUGUGAGAAGAUGCUCAACAGUGAAGAGCCUUCUGACAAUGUUGAUGCCGCUCGAAGGCAGUACGAGAAGUUCCUCACAGACAUGAGCGCCAGUGGACGCAGAUUAGAGGACAUUGACAAAGCAGUCAAAGAGUUUGCCGCUCAAGGACAUAGCAGUUUGACUGAUAUUAAGGCCAGACAGAGACAGAUCCAUUCAUUGUGGGACCAUCUCAACAAGCUAAGAGCAGAGCGAGAGAAGAGUCUGGAGGGAGCUUCCAGCGUUGAACUCUUUAGGCGAACUUGCGAAGAAGCAAAAGACUGGAUGGUUGAGAAAAUGACUCAGUUGGAUUCUGAUGAGCUUGGACCAGAUUUGAAAACUGUUCAAGCGUUGCAAAGACGACAUGGCAACCUUGAAAGAGAGUUGGCCCCUGUGCAAGACAAGGUUGAAAGGGUCAACCUUUUAGCUGCGUCUGUCAAGAACAACUAUCCUAAUGAGAAGGAAAAUGUCAAUGCUAGGCAGAAAGAAAUUCAGAGUCUUUGGGAGAAUGUUAAGACAAAAGCCUUAGAAAGGCGAACAAGGCUUGAAGAUGCUGUGGGUCAGCAAAUCUUCAUCAACAGCUCUAAAAACCUGCUUGGCUGGCUCAGUGGCACGAAAGCAAAGCUGAAAGCCGAGGAGCCUGCAAAAGAUGUUCAGACAGCUCAGAAUUUGAUCAAAGAGCACAAAGACAUUCAAGACGACAUCCAAGCUCACAAAGACGAGUUUGUGGAAGUCUGCAAACUUGGACGUCAGUUGAUGGCCAGGCCCAACAGUGAAAGAGCCCUGAUUCAAGACUUCAUUGCCAGAUUAAAUGAGGGUCUUGCUGGAGCUCAAGAUGACUGGGCAGCAAAGCAAAACCGCCUGCAACAGGGUCUGGCUUUGGCUCAGUUCAACAGGGAAGCUGACCAGAUUGACGCCAAUACUAAAAGCCACGAAGAGUUUCUUAAGUUCCCACAGCUUGGUGGCAAUAUUGACGACGUUGAAGCCCUUCUGAGGCAGCACGAAGAUUUUGAAAACAAGCUGACGGCUCAAGAAGAGAGACUAAAGAAUUUUGCAGUCGCAGCUGAAAAACUGGUUGAUGGAGAUCACUAUGACAAAGACUACAUAAAAAAUAGGAAAAAUGAAGUUGUUGCAAGAAGAGCAAAAGUAAGACAACUCGCCAAUGAGAGACGAGAUGCACUAUUAGCGUCCAGACGAUUCCAACAGUUCUCUGGAGAUGCUGAUGAGCUCCGAGGGUGGCUUCAAGACAAACUCAAAACUGCCAAAGAUGAAAACUUCAGAGAGCUUGCCAAUCUUGAACGCAAACUUCAGAAGCAUGAAGCUUUUGAGAGAGAACUGCGUUCCAAUCACAACCGAAUGAGAGACCUCAACAAAACGGGUGACGCUCUAACUGCAGAAGGCAACUACAGAUCUGCCGACGUAAAAAACGUCUUGUCAGAACUAAAUCAAAAGUGGGAUGAACUGAUGAAGAUUUCUGCCGACAAGGGUCGUAAAUUGAGACAGGCAGCUGCUCAGCACAGUUAUAACAGGACUCUGGAAGAUGCCAGAAUCCACUUGGACCAAAUCGAAAGCAGUCUACGGUCGCAAGAACUUGGAACUGACUUGAGAAGCUGCAAAGAACUGCUAAAGAAGCACCAGGCUGUCGAAAGUGAAAUCUCCCAAUGGCAAGGCAAACUGACUGAGGUCAGCAGCUUGGGACAAGAGAUGGCUCAUGAGGGCCACUUUGACGCUGAUAAUAUAUUGAAGUCCAGCAAAAAAUGUGCAGACAGGCUAGAAGCUCUGAGAGAGCCAGCCAGGAAACGUCGCCAGGAACUGGAAGAAAGUUUAAAGUACCACAAGUUCAAAUUUGAGUUAGAUGCUGAAAGACAGUGGAUCCAAGAACACAUGGUCUCUGCUAACGCCCAGCCCUCAGUGGGCAGUCUGUAUGAAGCUCAAAGUGCCCACAAGAAGCAUGCCAAACUCAAAGCUGAAGUGUCGGGUCAUGGACCUCACAUUGAGAAAACCUUGGCGUCAGGUGCAGUGCUUGCUCAACAGCCUCAUCCUGAAGCUGCCAAAGUUGGAGAGCUUUGCGCUGAGUUGUCUAGCUUGUGGGAGAAACUGAACGAGCAAACGGCCAAACGUGGUCGAGAGCUAGAUUUGGCCCUGAAAGCUCAGCAAUACUUGUUUGAGGCACAAGAGGUUGAGAACUGGCUUUCGGAAAAGGCUGACAUGCUUAAUUCUACUGACUUUGGACGAGACAGAGAUGCCACUACAAAACUCCUCACAAAACACAAGGCUCUUGAGUUGCAGCUGGACUCUUAUGAUGGCAUAAUAUCGGAAAUGUCAAGGACUGCUGGAGCAAUGGUUUCAGCAAAUCACCCAGACUCAAAGAUAAUCAAAGAGCGGCAAGAAGCACUUUCCAGGCAGCUGCAACUCCUGAUGAAACAAGGGAGAGCUAGGCAAAGCAAACUGGUUGAGUCUCUUUGUGUGCACGAAUACUUUGCGGAGAGUGCAGAGUUUGAGCAGUAUGUCAAGGACAAUGAACAAAAUGCACUUUCAGAGGACUACGGCUCAGACUAUGAGCAUUUGCUGCUUCUGCAAGCAAGAUUCGAUGAUUUCCGACACAGACUUCAAGGAGGUGCGGAAAGAUUUAAAUUGUGCGAAGAACUUGCUCGCAAACUUAAGUCUAUCGAGGGACCUGUCUCAGCCGACAUAGAAAGCAAACAAACUCAACUUAGCGAAUCGUGGAACCGAUUGCUCGCUCUUGUAGAAACCCGGGAGCAAAAAUUGGCAGCUGCAGGUGAAAUCCACAGAUUCCACAGAGAUGUUGCCGAAGCUUUAGCCAGAAUUCAAGAAAAAUCAGCAGCGAUUCCUGAGGAUAAGGGAAAAGAUCUGAACUCUGUACUUGCCCUCAUUAGAAGGCACGAAGGAUUUGAAAAUGACCUUGUGGCUUUGGAAGCACAACUUCAAGUGCUCGUAGAGGAUGCAGCUCGACUUACAACCCUUUACCCUGGAAACAAUGCCAAACACAUUUCUGACCAGCAAGCAAUUGUAAUUGAAUCAUGGAAUGAUCUGCAAAGCCAAAGUUUGGCUCGUCGCGAGGAACUUGGGGCCGCUUGCGAUCUUCAGAGAUUCCUCACACAAGCCCGCUCGCUCAUGAGCUGGUCGACUGGACUGCGUGCUACUUUGCUAGCCGAAGAAAAAGUUAGUGACGCAGCUGGUGCUCAGGCAUUAAAAGCUCAACAUGAGGCCAUCAAGUCUGAAAUUGAAGCAAGGGAAGACAACUUUAGAGCUAUUGUUGAGACAGGGGAGGCUCUUGCUCAAGGUGGCCACAGUCAAGCUCAGGAAAUCCAAGAGCGGCUCCAAGCCCUUCUGGAAGAACGCCAAAAACUGCACACUGCAUGGCAGCAAAAGAAGGUCUAUCUGGACCAACUAAUUGAUCUUCACUUCUUCCUCAGAGAUGCUAAGCAACUUGAAACUUUGAGUUCAGCCCAAGAGGUUGCAUUGCAAAGUUCAGAAGCAGAUGGGUCUGUUGAAGAGGUCUCUAGUGCUGCAAAGAAACAUGAAUCGUUUGAAAAAUUGCUGGCAGCACAGGAUGAGAAAUUUGUGUCCCUCAACGACCACUGCCAAAAACUGACGGCCCAAAAUCACUUUGACAGUGAAAAUAUUGGCAGCAGGCUCAAAGCUGUUUUGGCCAAGAGAAAGAAGGUCAAGGAUUUGAGCGCUGAAAAGAAACAUCGACUUCAAGAAGCUCUCCUACAUGCUCAGUUUGUCAGAGAUACUAACGAAGCAGAGGUCUGGAUUGCUGAAAAAAUGAAGGCUUUGGAAACACAGGCUAAUUUGACGCAAGUGCCUGACUUGGAAACAAAAAUUAAACGACUUCAAAAGCACCAAGCUUUCCAGUCUGAGCUCAAACAGCAUCAAACUCAGAUCAACUCUAUCACGAAUAAUGCUAAUACGCUGAUGCAAAGAAAACACAAGCACUCAAGAGAUGUUCGAGCCCAGUUGGACGGUUUGCUCAGCAAGUGGAAGGCACUUCUCCAAGAAGCAGCCAACCAAGGCCGCGGACUUGAAGAAGCGCAGGACAUCCUAGAGUUCAACUUGCAAACUGACAAGAUUGAAGCAUGGAUUAGAGACAAGGAACUGCUUGUGAGCGCCCAGGACACUGGUCGAGACUAUGAGCACUGCUCAUCUCUUCAGCGCAGAUUAGAUGAUGUUGACUCUGAUAUGAAAAUGGAUGACGAACGAUUAAAGAAUGUCAGCCAGCUUGCUGAUAAAAUCGUUACCCAGGGAUCCCAAACAACUCCCAUCAAACAAAGAAAGGAUCAACUUAUUUCAAAAUGGAAGGGACUGCAAGGAGCACUUAGUCAGUUCAGAUCAAGACUGGGUGAUGCCCUUGAAGUGCAUGCCCUGGCCAGGGAUGUUGCUGAUACUGUGGCUCGUACCAAUGAAAAGGCUGCUUUGCUCAGCCUCAGUGCAUCAACCGCCGAUACUGCCUCUUUGCAAGCAACAGAGUUGAGAAAGAGGAAGCACAAGGCCCUCCUCAGAGAUGUUUCUGCAAUUGAGGCCAAGAAGAAGGAGCACGAAAGCGAAGGCCGACGCUUGUCCAACAAGUUCCCAGAUCACGCAGGCACAGUUCGCACCCACCUAUCCACCCUUGAGACUGCUUGGGAGGGUCUGCAGAGCAAGUUGAGUGAAAGCCAGACACAGCUUGAAGCAACCCUGACCAAACACCAGUUCUACUCUCAGCUGAGAGACUUGGAAGCUUGGGCUGCGCACAUGGCUAAAGAAUUUGAUACGGAAGAGCUACCACAAAAUACUGCGUCAGCCGAACACUUUUUGCAACAGCAUAGUGACAGAAAGGCUGAGAUUGAUGGCCGACAAGAAGCAUUUAGGAGUCUUCGUGAAUUUGGCCAGAAGCUUGGAAUGGAGGAAGAGCUGCCGCAUAUUGAAGAAGUCAGGCUUAGUCUUAGCUCAGCAUGGGAAGCAAGACGCCUUAGACUCCAAGAAGCCCUUCAGCUGCAGAAGUUCAAAGAAAUGGCAGAAAAUGCAGAGUCCUGGCUAGCCAGCAAGGAAGCAUUCUUGGCGUAUGAUGACUUGGGAGAUUCUUUGGCAAGCGUCGAAGCUCUGUUGAGAAAGCACGAAGCCUUUGAAAAGACCUUGAGUGCUCAAGUUGCCAAAGUAUCUGAACUGGAGAAACUGGCUCGAGAUAUGAGCACGGCGGGUCACUUUGAUUCAGAGGCUGUUCAGCAGAGAGUUCAGACUGUCUGCAAGAGGAGGGAGAAGCUUUGUGAAACGUCAGCUUUGCGAAAGAAGCGCCUCCUAGAGUCCAAAGAUUUGCAAAUGUUCCUACGAAGCCUCUAUGAAGUUGACAGCUGGCUUAAUCAGAAACUCCAAGUUGCAAGCGACGAAAACUAUCGUGAUCAAGUCAAUUUGACAAGCAAGAUCCAACGGCACCAAGCAUUUGAAGCUGAGCUUGCUGCUAACAAAGACGGCCAUGCCUCAGUGUCUAGAGAAGGAGAAGCACUUGUUGCUCAAGGGCAUUUUGCAUCCAUGGAGAUCCAAAGCCAACUAGCAGAAAUCGAUGCCAAAUGGAGACGCCUGUUGGCUGAGUCGGAAACAAAGCGCAUCCGACUGAAGGAAGCAUAUCAGGCUCUGCUCCUUGAGCGUUCUCUUGGCGAGUUGGAAAGUUGGCUUGAGGACUUUGAAGUUCAGCUUCAGAGUGAAGAUCACGGAAGUGACCUAAGUGCUGCAAAUUCAUUGGUCAGAAAGCAUGCAGCCCUCACUCAGGACUACUGGGCUAAAAAUAAUGACCUGGCUGAGCUGAAGGCAAACCCACAGCAUGCUGCUCUGUUGCGAGACAGUCAUUUGGCUGACGCAUUGUCUGCUAGAGUUGAAGCACUUGGCUUAAAGUUCACUGCUUUGCAAGACUCUUUACAAAUAAGAAAGGAGAAUCUCGACGAUUCCCAAGCUUUGCACCAACUGCUAAGAGACGUUGAUGAGCAAAUAGUUUGGCUAAAUGAAAAAACACCCUUGGCGUCUUCGGAAGAGUUGGGAACAAGUUUGGAUGAAGUCAAAGCUCUCCAAAGAAAGCACCAGGCACUGGAUGCUGAAAUUGCGUACAGAGAGCAACUGAUAAGAGGAAUGAUUGGUAGAGGCCAAUCGCACAUCAAAGGUGGCCACUUUGCCUCGCCCCAGAUAGAGAAAGCCAUAAAUAUCUUGCUAGAAGGCCUCAACCAGCUCAAAGAUGCUGCAAGUCUGAGAAAACUCAGAUUACAAGAUGCUCUUGAAGCCCAAAUGUUCUAUUCAAGAGCCUCGGAGGUCGAGCAGUGGGUCAAGGACAGGCUACCUUCAGCUACAUCACCGGACUUUGGAAAGGACGAGGAUGCUGUUGAUACAAAUUUGAAAAAGUUGGAUGCUUUAUUGAGGGAUAUCCACGAGUACACCGAGUCUGUCAACAACCUCGACAAGCUGUGCAUGGCUUUGCUUGAGAGGAACCACUUCGAUGAAGAACGCAUCAAGCUAAGAAUGAAGCAAAUACAAGGAAAGUUUGAAGAUCUUCGCAACAAAGCUCAGCAAAGACAAAAGCUGCUUGAGUCUGCCAAAGUGGCCCACCAAUUCCUCAGAGAAGCAAGUGAAUUGGAGGAGUUCCUUAAUGAUCAAAUGCAGGUUGCUGCCUCUGAAGAGUACGGCAAUGACAUUGAACACGUCGAGCUGCUCAUACAGAAGUUUGACUCCUUCCUUUCAAAUCUUCAUGCAGAGGAGGCCAGAGUAACUUCUCUGAGCACUGCUGCUAAGAAAGGCCUAUCAAAAUCGGCCAACAAUGCUGACAGAGCCAAGGUUGAGGCCAAGCUGGAAGACGUGAUGACCCUAUAUCAAGACUUAAAAGAGUUGGCCGCUGCUCGACAAGAAGCUCUUGCUGGGGCCAAACAAGUUCACAUUUUUGACCGAACAGCUGACGAGACAAUCGCUUGGGCACAAGAAAAGACGUCGGCUAUGUAUGCCGAGGGCUAUGGCCACGACCUCGAGUCCAUCCAAGCUCUUGUCAGAAAACACCAAGGUUAUGAAAGAGACAUGGAAGCACUCAAAUCACAAGUCGACACAGUGAACUCAGAAGCGGCCCGACUCAGCACCUUGUUCCCCGACGCCAAAGAGCACAUUGAUGCAAAGAAAGAAGAGCUCAAUGAUGCAUUUGUUGAGCUUCAAACUGAAGCCAAGCUUCGAUGCGAGAAGCUGCAGCAGGCUGAAAAACUUCAGGCAUACUUUGAUGAAUACAGAGAUCUAAUGGCUUGGAUAAAUGAAAUGAUGGCAAAAAUAACAUCACCCGAGUUAGCUGCAGAUGUGCCAGGAGCUGAAUUGCUCAUUUCAAGACAUGAAGAGUACCAGCAAGAAAUGAGUUCCAGAAACGAAGCCUUUGCCGAUUUCUUUGACACUGGAAAUAAGUUGAUUGAGCAGGGACACUUCCUGUCCAGUGAGAUUAGAGAGAGGCUUUCAGUUUUGGAGACAAGGCGCAAACUUUUGGUUGAAACUUGGGCAAGACGGAAACACAUUUACGAGCAGAACCUUGACACACAGAUCUUCAAACGUGAUGCUGAAAUGUGUGAAGCCUGGCUUAGUGCUCGAGAGCCUGUCCUUCAUGAUCCCGACCUUGGAGAGUCUAUCCCGGAGGUCGAGGAGCUGAUCAGAAAGCACGAAGACUUUGAAAAAACUGUCGAAGCACAGGAAGACAAGUUUAAUGCUUUGAAGAGAAUAACUUUGCUGGAACAAGAGUUCACAAAGCAAAAGGAAGAGGAGGAAGAGGCCAAAAAGGCAGAGAAGGAGAGAGCAGAUAGAGAAAGACAGGAGUCUCGGAAGAGGGCUGAAAUACAGAAAAUCACAGAACAGAGGCGCAAAGAGGAUGACAGGAGACGUGCUCAGGAAAUGCGAAAUGGACAAGACCACUACCCACCAGCCAUUCAGGAGCCUAGCCAAGAGUCAGGUGGUUUUGGAUUGAGCAAAAGUGGCAGCUUUACACAGCUUUUCAACCAGCGUCGGGCCACAGAUUUUGGCUUAGAUACUCGAUAUGAUUUUCGGUAUAGAUUUGGUUCUGAGAGACUCAGGCCUGCGUCAGAUAUCAAACGUGCGGAGAGCAUGAAGGUGGAAAAGAAGGCCAACCCUGUUCGACGAGUGCCUAGCUUCACAACAAGGAGAAGAACACAGAGCUUUAGAAGACCAGGCGCUGUCGACAGUCCUGGACCAGGCCCUGAAAAUCUUCCACCAGUUGAAAUUCGCGGCAUAUUGGACCGAAAGCAUGAGUUGAUGAGUGGAGGCAAAAGAGCAACAGUCAGAUCAUGGAAGUCAUACUACACGGUUUUGUGUGGUCAGCUGUUGUGCUUCUUCAAGGACUUGGAUGAUUUCGUCCAGAGCAAAGCAGCCACCUCGCCUAUCAUCAUUUACAAAGCAAAGUGUGAGAAGGCUGAAGAUUAUACCAAGAAGAAACAUGUCUUCAGGCUAAGUGGCGCCGAUGGUUCCGAGUACUUGUUCCUCGCCAGCACACAGAGCGAAAUGGAGGACUGGAUCAACAAAGUCAACUUCCACGCAGACCUGCCUCCAAAUUUGCAACUGCUGAGUUACGAGGAAGCUGGAAAAAGUCCUGGUGGCAGACGAAUGUCGAUUGACUCUCAACAAAGUGCAGCCACAACAGGUGAUGCUAGUAGCUCUGAAGACGAGGUUGAUCACCAUCAUUUGCAUCCAACAUCUAAUAACUCCAACCACGCAUCAACUCAGAGACUCCAGCCACCUUCUGAAAAGCCACCUGUGCCUCCAAGAGGACCAUCCACACAGCGAAGCUCUGGUGAGUGGGCGCAGAGGAAUACCCUUCCCGCUUCUUACCGGCCAGAUGGAGGAUACGCUCCAGAGCCAACACCUAGAUCUUCACUCAAUUCCAGUCAUGAUGACGUUUGGUUGAGAAGACCAGAUGAAGGAGUGUUUGCACCACCCUUGCCAUCAUCAAUGCCACCGCCUCCUGCCAGUCGUCAACCUUACCAAGCAGCCUACAAUGUGUACGGAAAUCUUCCUCAAGGCCGCCCAACUAGUGUACCUGCUUACCCACCUAACUUGAACCCAAGCCAAGGCCCAUCAAGGAACUCCUCCUCGGAAUACCCACCUUCCGAAAAUGGAGACUCUUCCAGCAAAAAGUCCGAAAAGAAGCAAAACGCGUUGACCAGUUUGUUCAGGAAGAAAAAGGCAACUCACCUCUAAAACGCAUACCUCCGUUUAUGAAGCAUCUGCUUCUGUGUGUUAUGUUUCAGUACAGUCAAUACCACCAUAAAUAAUCAUUCGAUCCUCCGACAUCUCUCAUUAAAAUACGUAUAUAUAUAUGCAAUAUUCUAGACUCUAUUUUAAGCGAGUCUUAUUUUGGUGAAGUAAGCUUUUUGUGUAAUAUAGAUAGUUUUGGUAGGAGUGAAUAACUGUCAGAAAGAAGCACUUAACCAACGAAUGAAUGCAAUGUUGUACAAUGUGUCUAUUAUUAUACUGUACUACAUUAUUGCGAAAUGUAUUAUUAUCGUCUAGAAAAGUUUAAUUUAUUGUUAAAAGUUUCACUGUUGUUAGCUUACAAUUGCUUAGUGGCCAUAUUUUUCUCUUAUAUACAAUUUACUUUACUCUUUACAAUGUUGAUUUGAAUUUUUUUUCCCAUAAAUAAAUUAGGGUAACCGGGAUCAAACUAUAAUUUGAUGUGUUUAGUCACAACACAAAAAAUUUCGGGGCCAAUUUUCAAAAUGAUUCACAUUAUAUCUGUAAAUAAAAUACUGAUCACUUGAAAUAAAGUAAUAUACCAUAAUA